GAGCGGGGCGGACGCGGAGCCGCGGUUAGUCUCGCGGGGAGGUCGUGAGCGCGUGAGGUAUCCCUUGCAGUGUCGCGGGCAGGUAGCUGCAGCAGCAGGAGCAGUAGCCGCCGUGUGAGGGAGCCAUGAAGCACUCUGAGGUGGAGAUUCUGGACGCAAAGACCCGGGAGAAGCUGUGCUUCCUGGACAAGGUGGAGCCCCAAGCCACCAUUGCCGAGAUCAAGAACCUUUUCACCAAGAGCCAUCCACAGUGGUACCCCGCCCGCCAGUCCCUCCGCCUGGACCCCAAGGGCAAGUCCCUGAAGGAUGAGGAUGUUCUGCAGAAGCUGCCCGUGGGCACCACGGCCACACUCUACUUCCGGGACCUGGGGGCCCAGAUCAGCUGGGUAACGGUCUUCCUGACGGAGUACGCCGGGCCCCUUUUCAUCUAUCUGCUCUUCUACUUUCGGGUGCCCUUCAUCUACGGCCACAAAUAUGACUUCACGUCCAGUCGGCACACGGUGGUACACCUUGCCUGCAUCUGCCACUCAUUCCAUUACAUCAAGCGCCUGCUGGAGACGCUCUUCGUGCACCGCUUCUCCCACGGCACCAUGCCGUUGCGCAACAUCUUCAAGAACUGCACCUACUACUGGGGCUUCGCCGCGUGGAUGGCCUAUUACAUCAACCACCCUCUCUACACACCGCCCACCUACGGAGCUCAGCAGGUUAAACUGGCGCUCGCCAUCUUUGUGAUCUGCCAGCUCGGCAACUUCUCCAUCCACAUGGCCCUGCGGGACCUGCGGCCAGCUGGGUCUAAGACCAGGAAGAUCCCAUACCCCACCAAGAAUCCCUUCACAUGGCUCUUCCUGCUGGUGUCCUGCCCCAAUUACACCUACGAGGUGGGGUCCUGGAUUGGCUUUGCCAUCAUGACACAGUGUCUCCCAGUGGCCCUCUUCUCCCUGGUGGGCUUCACCCAGAUGACCAUCUGGGCCAAGGGCAAGCACCGCAGCUACCUGAAGGAGUUCCGAGACUACCCGCCCCUGCGCAUGCCCAUCAUCCCCUUCCUGCUCUGAGUGGCACCCCCUCACCCAGGCUCAGCCACGCCAGGCUCGUGGCCCCCCGCCCCAGUGCCAUUCUGGGCGAGGACUGGGAACCACUGCUCUCCAGCGUCUGGAAUAAAACCUGCCUGCCCA